UACUCUAAAACAGUCGGAGCCAAACCUCUGCUUGGAGAGUAGACAUGUAGUGGGUGGAGUUGUCCUCAUGACCAUAUAUGGUAGUGGGAAGGGCACUGGAUGUCAGGGACUGUCUGAAUGUAAAACAGCUGUGAGGAAGUUGUUAAUGUCCUUGUAUCUGACAUGUCUGACUCAAUGGCUGGGUGGGUGUGAUCUCUCUAUGAUCUCUGUGUGAUUUCUACAUAUGGUAAGCCAUCUUAGUCUGGAUGCCUAUCGUGUGAAGAGCUUCUCAACUGAAUCAGAUGAAGGUGCAACUGCAAGGAUAAAACAAUUUUGACGUAACACGCACAUACAAGAGAGCUAGCAAGAUUUCCGGUUUGUUGCAGUGGUUUAAGGAUAUGGCCAGUCCUGUCCAUGAUCCUCUGACAUCGGCUGUCGAGAUGGAGGAAAGAGCUGGACUUAUCAACCACACGGGGUCGCCUUCGAGAAGUAUCCCAUCAUCCUCUCCUUCCUCAACGGCAGGGCUGGAUAAUCUGGCGAGGUCGCCCACCGCCAGCAGUAGGGUGGGGUCAGAUGAGGCUGAGGUGACCAGUGAGGUGACGAGCGUAGAUGCCAGCGAGGUUUUCUUCAGUGCGCCCGACCUGCGCACGCCAGAGAGCAGCGGCCCCCACGGGCUGUACAUGUCGGACGGGAUCCGGCGCAUCGACUACGUGCUGUCGUAUUCCAUCACGGACCCGAACAUCGAGGCGGAGAGACAGAGACUGAGGAAUGAGUUCGAGAAAAAUCUGGAAGAGGAGGGGUUGGAGCUGGAGAGGGACUGGGUGGACCCCAGACCAGUACUUGGUAGGUUCCUACAUACCCUGGGAAACCAAAGUCAAAGAAGCUUUGCAAAGGAGAGUUACCAACCCCUGCCUGCUACACACGCGCCUGCAACUAUACACCCGCCCCACUACCAGCUGGCCCCACUUAUGCCGGCCCCCAACUAUUGCUUGCUUUUUCGUGGAGGCAUUGAUAGUUGAGGCCAGCUGGAUUGUCAGGCGGUUGAGUGUUCUGGGGGCACGUGCGUCGGGGAUCGGUAAACCUUGCGCUAUUAGGAGUCUGCGUUUUCCCAGGGUAGUUUCUACAAAAAGGAAACGCACAUUUCUGUCAUUCUGUAUUUAUGAUUGGAAAACAUGUUGGAUAUUGUCAUAGAGGUUCACUGCUUUCAGAUUUAAGUUUUAAGUUAACGGGGUAUUGUGCAGAAUAUUACUAAUACCUUCCCAGACUUACUACUAAUCAAAAUAAGCUCUUACAAUGAGAGUCUUAGUGUCAAGACUGAUGUAUUUUUGAAAAAGGCUUUAUUGGUCUUUCAGUAUCUGCCAUUCAUCAGUGUUGAGAUGUUAUAUAUACCGGUACUUAUAGCUAAGGGUAUGGUG